UGCAGGCAUAUCGUUAUGUUAACAGAGCUUAACAAUACAUGUAAUGUGUACGAGGAGGUUGGAGUAGACCAAAGUGAUGCGAUAUAAGGGGAUGCGGAGACCAUAACGUUAUGCUUACGGUCAAGCUAACCGGAUUUGAUCGGCACAGCACUAGAAUGACCAUCUGUGAUUGGUUAGGCAGCACGCUGGUUUUGGGUGUCUGACGGCCGACUUCAACAUAACGUUCGUAGCUGAUCGUAACAACGAAAGCUGAAAGGAAUGAUGAAAGCUGAUAGCAAUGAUGAAAGCUGACAUCCAGAAUGUAAAGUAAGGCAACACUCUGUCUGGCAGUUAUAAGAGUGCAAAGCGAAUGCAUGUACAGCACUCACGAACACAUUGCAAGCUCAUCCUACCCAUUCAUCAUUGCCAAUACAGACUUCAUCAACAUGUCCUACACAUCGCACAAUGCAAGCAGCCCUCUUCUUGAUGCUACACUCAACGCCAAGACUGAUCGCUCGGUCGAACCAAUCUCAUCAAGCACACUCUGGGCUGUCAAAGCGCUCUCUUACAUGCGAAUUGCUACAGGAGCAGCAUGCCUUGUAGCACCCCAGUUCACAUGCGCACUGUUCAAAUAUAAUGUGCCAGUUGGCUCAGCUCUGCUUGUGCGUAUGGUUGGGGCUCGCGACGGUGUGCUGGGCGAGCUACUGCUCACGGCUGAGGACAAAGAAGCCCCUGACGGAGGAAGACGGGAGAUGAGAAGGGCACUGUGGACGGGUAUUGCAGCGGAUGCUAUCGAUAUUGGUAGUCUGACGUAUGCUGUUGCGAAGGGUCAUGUGGGGAAGCCAACAGGAGGACUGUUUGGUGCUGGAGCUGUUGUUUUCAUGGGGCUGGGUGCGUGGGGAUUGAGGGGAUUGUGAAUAGUCUGUGAUUUGGUGGGACGGAAGAGGUGUUUUAAAGUAAUUCGAAAUGACCA